GGAAGUGGACGCUAGUAUCUAAGCGGCUAAAAGCAAAGCUAACUGUGAACGGUUUGAUUUUCCAUUAAACGGGCGUUUUAACGGCCUUCAGGUGGGACUCAGCUCUGGGUCACUGUUGAACCGUGCCCGAACCGGACCGAACCCGGCCGCGCUGACCUGAUGGAGGGGGAGGAGCCUGUGGUGUCCCUGGUGGACGUUCUGGAGGAAGACGAGGAGCUGGAGGAAGAGGCCAGUGCAGUUUUAGGAGCCAGUGAUGCAGAGCACUGCUCCUAUAGCCAGGGUUAUGUGAAGCGUCAGGCGCUGUAUGCCUGUGGCACCUGCUGUCCUCCAGGGGGUGCUGCAGCAGGAGUUUGUUUGGCCUGUUCAUACAAAUGUCAUGAAGGACAUCAGCUCUACGAGCUGUACACAAAGAGGAACUUUCGCUGCGACUGUGGAAACUCCAAGUUUAAAGAUGUCACCUGCAAACUUAACCCUGACAAAGAGGAAAUGAACUCUGAGAACAAAUACAGCCACAACUUCUUUGGACUUUACUGCACCUGUAGCAGACCCUACCCUGACCCAGAGGACGAGGUGGAGGACCAGAUGAUCCAGUGUGUGGUGUGUGAGGACUGGCUCCAUGGACGGCACCUGGGCGCUCCAGUCCCAGACUCUGUGGAGCUACAAGAGUUGAUCUGUGAGUCCUGCAUGAACCACCACCAGUUCCUCUGGACCUAUGCUGCCCACAUCUCAGACCCUGCUGUUAAACCUGAUCCGGAUCAGACAAAAGCAGCUUCGGAGGAUCCCAAACAGGAGCCUGAUGCUGAGCCAAGCUGCAAACGGCCUCGCCACCAAGAAGAUGGGGAGGGCCCGAAAGAGGAGGAGCCUAAAGGGGCAUGUCGUCUGAAGGAGCUGCAGCUGAUUGGUCAGAGCAGGAGUCAAUCAGGAGCUACCUUCUGGCCCUCAGGCUGGAGGUCCAGCCUCUGCACAUGCUCAGACUGCCAGAAGCUGCUGUUGAAGGCGGGGUCUCUCUUCCUAUUAGAUGAGGGAGACACAGUUCUGGCCUAUGAGACAAAGGGAAAGAGCCUUGAAAGGACCAAUCAGAGCGCAGACCCUCUGAUGUCAGCUCUCGACCGACUGAACCGGGUCCAACAGCUAGAGCUUAUCCAUGAGUACAACGACCUGAAGACGGAGCUGAAGGAUUUCCUGCAGAGAUUCGCUUCAGAGGGGAAGGUGGUGACUCCAGACGACAUCCGUCAGUUUUUUGAGCAGCAGCAAAAUCGGAAAAGACACCGCGCCAACGGUCAGCUGUACAGCGCCUGACCUGUGACCACUGAUCUGUGACUCCUGACCCUGCCCCGACCCCACCCUUACCCUUGUCUGUGUUUACUUUCUGUCAGAUCUAAUGGAAAUGUGAUGAGUCUUUUUAAAUAAUUGAAUAAACCUGUAUUCUGGCGUCAUGUCUGUGUGCCUGUAUGUGUGUGCGUAUGUCAAAGGUCAUAGAAAUGCUGCUCUGGCUUUUGUCACACAAACUAAAAAACUGAGACAAAAGAUCUCGGGGAUUUGACUUCUAUGGGAUGUGCAAGAGGGUAUUUUACUUCUGUGGGGUAUUAACUACAAACACAUUGCAUAUUAACAUGUUUUAUGUUUUGAGUGAACAAAAAACAAUAAAAGGGAACAUAGCGGUAAUGG